AUGGAAAGUUUGACGGCCCACAAUCGCCCUAUUGGGCCUGAUUAUUUGACCGGGAAUCAGCGGGUGGAAGUCACCGAGGAGGAUGUAAGUUCGACGAAUCCGACCGAUCAUAUGAGCAGCUGUGCUGACGGGUGGGAUGAGAAUAAUCGCAUUCGUAGGAAGACGGAUAAAGCUAUUCUUUCUAUCUUGGUCUGGGUGUAUUUCCUGCAGAUCCUCGAUAAAUCGAUUCUUGGCUAUGGCGCGAUUUUUGGCCUGAAAGAAGACGCCAAGCUCAAAGGAAACCAGUACUCAUUGGUAGGGUCAAUCGCAGCCAUCGCACAGCUAGCAUGGCAGCCGGUUUCAAUGGUCCUAAUCGUAAAGGUGCCGCACCGCGUCCUCAUGCCAUCUCUUGUGCUCGGAUGGGGUAUCGCGCAAACAGCAAUGGCAGGCUGUCGUAGCUACCCUAGCCUUUUGGCAACACGUUUCUUCCUGGGUCUCUUCGAAGCGGGUUGCCUUCCACUUUUUAGCAUCAUAACUAGCCAGUGGUAUCGGCGUGCUGAGCAACCGAUUCGCGUGGCAGCCUGGUAUGGGACGAACGGGUUAGCCACAAUCAUUGCAGCUGCGCUUUCGUACGGGCUCGGUCAUAUUCCAUCUUCCAUCUUAAGGCCAUGGCAAAUAAUCUUUUUGGUUGUCGGUCUGGUAACGAUUGUUUCCGCGCCCUUCGUCUAUUGGAAACUCGACAACGACAUUCCGUCUGCGCGGUUCUUAACAGAACAUGAACGCCUACAGGCAGUUGAGAGACUCCGACUCAAUCAAACGGGAAUCGGCUCACGCGAGUUCAAGUGGAGUCAUGUUUUCGAGACCUUAUUGGAGCCAAAAACCUAUCUCUGGGUUAUCAUGAGUAUGCUUCUCAACAUCGGUGCUUCAGUAACAAACAUUUUUGGCCCUCUGAUCCUCAAAGGGUUUGGGUUUGAUAAUUAUGUUACCUCACUGCUUAAUAUACCCUUUGGGGCAGUGCAAGUGGUGAUAAUUCUUUUGGCUUCGUAUGCCGCGCAGAAAGCGCGACUAAAAUUUGCCGUACUUGUUGCGUUGAUUCUUCCCGUCAUCGCUGGAAUCGCCAUGUUGUAUAAACUGGAGCGCACGAGUUCACAGGCGGCUCUCUUGGUGGCAUACUAUCUCCUCGCAUUUUUAUUUGGCGGAAACCCGCUUAUUGUUGCCUGGAUAGUCGGGAAUACGGGCGGUACAACCAAAAGAUCCAUGAACAUGGCCCUGUACAACGCCGGUUCAUCAGCGGGUAACAUCAUCGGGCCACUGCUGUUCAAUCAAAAGGAUAGCCCUCAAUAUAAGAACGGCCUUCGAGCAGUGUUAGCCGUGUUCAUCGUCCUUGCCGUUGUGGUCCUGGUGCAAGUAGUACACUUAAACUUCCUGAAUCAGUUGCAUCGACGAUCGCGCGUGGCAGCGGGAAAGCAGGCGUUCAUGAAAGACCAUUCCAUGAGUGAGAGGUAUCUGGAUGAAGGCACAGAUGGGGACCGUCAAACAAGUGGCAGUCAUGCAAAUGCCUUUUCAGAUUCGACGGACCGAAAGAACAACGAAUUUGUAUACAUUUAUUAG